AUGGAAAUUCAUAGAAAACUCGAGAAGAAAAAAGUCAAAAAACAUGCGCUUUUAAAGAUUUCACUACCGGACCUAAGCUCCUUUUUUUUCCAUCUUCAUCUUCUCUUCUCUUUUUUUCAAGAUUUCUAUUAUUUUUUAAUCUCUUCUCAUUCUUCCGAUUCAUCAUCCCAAAAAUCGGGAUGUCAUUGGUUCGGAACUGCACCAUUCUGCUAUCAAACAUGCCCAUCAGAUUACGAUUUUAUCCGUCAACAUUCUGGAAGAUGUGCAGAUGGAACUGCGUGUAUUCCAGACUCGAGUUUUGGAGAGCCCUGUAUCAAACUGUUCUCCUAUCAGAUGACUAAGAAGUUUUGUUGCAAAUCUGAUCCAGUAGACUGCUCAUGGUCGGGACGAUGGAUGGGAUCCGAGGACGCGUUCAACUUCUAUUGUCGCUUCGACCCGGAUCAGGGGAAAUGUGGAAAACUGGAGUGCUCUGUGAACCAUCCAUUGUUCAAGGCGCAUAAUUCAUCGUUUAUUGAAGGCGAUAAUUGUGAUGAGCUUCAAAUGUGGAAUCUUCGAGGAAAAGCAUCAUGUGGGUAUAUUGCCUGGUUUGAACGGGGUGAAUAUCGAAAUGGAUGGUAUAAAACGUUUUGA